UUUCUCCUGCCCAAAAUGUUUCGUCGAACGCAUAGCUCCUUAAUGACAAACAGUCAAUAUUGCUUCCACUUCAUCUAUUAUUUCUAUAAUAUCCCAUCAACAUCAUAUCAACAGCCUUAUUGUACGAACUUACUCAUACUCGUUCUCAGCAUCCUAAACGUUUUCUAUUUAUAAUUGAAAAAUACAUUGCUAUGCUUCCAUAUUGCCCAACCACUCGCAACCCGUUCAUUGGAGAUGUUCCAUCCCAAGAAGAACACACCAAUCCACCUGGAAUAGGCUCGCAGCAACACAACUUGCGGUCUUCAAAUCACUACAAAAGCUUCGGAAAUGGACCAGAUACUUACUACCCACAAUACUGCUCUGCGGAUUCGAAUUUCCGGUACCCGAAGCACAAUGAAAUCAUUGGUACACGGAGCCCAUCUUACCAACCGCCUACGAUAUCCAAUGAAUCGAAUCCUCCGCAGCCGCAUUUAUACUUCCCUGAUGGACCCAAUGCCACCUAUCCACCUCCUCACAUUGUUUAUAUGCCAGAAUUUUUCAAUAAAUUCGACCCUCAUGGCCUACGGCCUGAAGAUUAUGCAAAUUUCCCAUUAUUCGAAUUAUCACGCCAAGAGCUGCGUUCGCAGCUAAAUUCAAUAGGCCGUGAGAUCAGUCUACAAACCGUGGGAAGCACCACUGCAGCUUCGAAAUAUCUAGCUUAUCUUGGGAAUCCUGAGUUUCUUAUACUUUAUCUUGUAUGUUGGAGUUUAUCAUUCUUAAUUUUUUAACUUCAAUUCUAACUUAUAAAAAGGUUAUAUUGGGACAGUUUCUCACACAGGGAGGUCAGGUUUACUAUGUCAAGCUUCCUCCAGCGACUCCGGAAAAUCCCACCCCCACCUUACCCGCUAUGCCAUCUUUUUCAAGCACUCUUCCAAUCAGGCAAGAUGCAAGCAAAAGAGGACGCGAUAAAAGUGAGGGUUUUGGAGGCAGGGAAAGCUCUCGUAGAAAACUGAAUCCGGUCGACACAACUGAUUAUGUGCUGGACUUUACUCCACUUACAUCCGUUGAUACUACGCCCAAUAAUGACUCUUCAGCUGAAUUCUCUCGGCAGCCAGUCCCAUCCAAAAAACACGUUGUCGUUGAAUUCGGGGAUGCAGUUUCUGUAUCAUUGAAUCUUGAUAAACCUCUAGGAGCUCGUCGUGAGCCUGUAACAACUGCGGGCUAUCCUUUUCCCGUAAUGUAUGAUGAAUCACUUCAAAAUCUUAUAGCUCAUGAGAAGUCCCCAAAACCCGCCUUCUCAUCCACGGCAUCCAAUAUUUCUAGUCCUUUCAGUCUAUCCGUUGAAGCAACCACCCCAGACAGAUCACCCUAUGCAUCAAUUUCCGCUAGACCACUUGCUCCUGAGCCAUUGCUACUUCCCGAAAGUACUUGCUUUAUUCGUUGCGAUCCCGAUCAAGGUAUUAGAAUCCGCAUUCUACCUAAGACAACGGAGAAUUCGGAAAUAACAUGGAUCGAUCUUCCCGGAAUAUGGAUCCACACGACGAAGCAAAAAUUACCACAAGGGUGAGUACAAUAUCUGAAUGAACACAAAGACGGCGCUGAUAUCCAUGCAGAGUUUUAGUAAUGGGCUUUUCAGGUUGGAUCUACUCAGAACAAUGGAUCUCGGCACUAUACCAGGAAGUGUUGGUUCAUGAAUCACUGAGGGGAUGUGAGCAAGACCAUGUCAAAUCUAGACAUGAAUGGGAACCGGCAGAUACAGUCUCUGGAUGUAAAGAUGAAUAUAUGGAAUAUACUUCCGAUACGGCAGGUAAUCCCAAACCCGUACGCAGGAUAAUACAGUAUCCCAGCGGCGAUGAUUUAGGCGUAAAUUGGUCCGCAUCGGAAGCCGAAAACACAAAAGCCAAAUUGGCUAACAAGAGAGAAUUUUCGGUAAAAUGGAAAAGAGAGGUGCGAGAGUCAACAUGGCCCUGGUAUCUUUGGAGACAAUUUGGAUUGUCGAGGGGUUGGAUAAAGGAACCCGAGGAAUUUGGGGACAGAAUGAGGAAUAAAGACGAUGCUGAAGAACUAAGAAGAGUAGUUACUGUUGGUAUUUUACCGGUAGGUUUUGAGGAUAUGAAUGAGGCUUUGAACGGAGAGACAAUUACUCAGUUUGGAAGCAGCUGGACUUUAAGACACAAGUAUUCUGGAGGCCCUAAAUGGGAUAGAUUAUAAGUGGAUAUGAGGCCUGUGAUGUAAUUGCCUAGCAAUAAUACAGCGAUAAUUUAAUGUAGUACCAGCGAAUAUCAAUGAGUUGAAACGAGAGAAAUAAGUCGUGGUGUCUCGUCCAAUCCUCAUGCAUACUGAUCAUCCACCUCGUAUAUCACGUGAUGAACAUCGUGUUUGUUGUUGCGUUCUAGGACUUUGGAAAUUGCUGUAAAAGCGAAUUAGUGCAAAGACCUCUUACAAUGAUAGGCCAAAUAGAAGAAAUUUCGAUAUAAGCCAGCUGAAUGCUUGGAAUGGAACGGCAGCUUUAGAGGGUACGGAUGGCAUGCGUAUAUUAAGCACUAGAUAGCCCCCACUGAAACGCAGACGGAUACUUCAAAAAGCUUUAGCAUAUAUGCGGUCGAACGCAAAGGAGUUUUUAGUGAAUGUGGUGAGUCGUGGAGCUAGGUUGAAGCGAGAAAUAAUAUGCUCUUGAAUGAAUGUCAGGUGAUCAGAGAUUGCAAUUGUGGAUUUUAAUCUCGAGACUAUUGGACGCAAUGAUAGUAAAGUCUACGGUGGAUAGUGUGAAGCUCAUAUGUAUCUGAGAAAGAGAAGGACAGAAAGGCGGACU